AUAAAAGAUUGUAAUUGCGUAAGUGAUCUACACUAUGUCUCGUCUAUGACUGAAUGUAUUUCCAUCAUAGGACAUACGAUAUAGGUGGCGGCAAAACCUAAAGCAUACAGAUUUCUUGUUUAACUUAUUAGUUUUGUUUAUACAAACAUGAAUUCUUUCCAUAAUAUGUACAAAAUCAUUUUUUAAUAAAUUUUGCUGAUCAUAACAUUGGGUAAAUUACUGAUGGAACAUAUACAAUGGAAGAAUCGUUAAAGUUUGAUAUUAAGGAGGUUAAAACCGAUCUUUUGCGCGCGAUAAAUGAAUGUUCCCAACGCGGAUUAUUACAUACCACAAAAUGGCUAGCAGAAUUAAGUUAUUCCUUGAAAGAUGUUAAAUUAAAUAUACAUGACACUACUGUUGACUUGUAUUUAUCAGAGACAAGCGAAGAGGAAGACACGUAUAUUUUAGCAAAAACUUAUUUUGAUUUGAAAGAAUAUGAUAGAGCUGCCUAUUUCACCGAGCAGUGUAAAACAUCAAAAGUUCGAUUUUUACAUCUGUAUUCUCGCUAUUUAUCAGGCGAAAAGAAAAAAAUAGAUGACAUGACAGUGGUGCCUCCAGAUCCUUUGAAAAACGAAAGUUUAAGAUUGUUAUGUGCUGACUUAAGAAAAGAUCACCUGGCAAAUAAACUUGAUGGUUUUAGUCUUUAUCUUUUUGGUGUAACUUUAAAAAAAUUACAACUUACCAGGGAAGCCAUGGAUGUGCUGGUUGAUGCAACGCAUAAGCAACCCAUGCAUUGGGGAUCUUGGUUAGAAUUAGCUUCUUUAAUCACUGACAGGGAGAAGCUUGAAAAUUUGUGCUUACCUAAUCAUUGGAUGAAGCAUUUUUUUAUGGCUCAUAUGUAUUUAGAACUGCAAUUAAUAGAUGAGGGUUUAGCAUUAUAUUACGAAUUACAAUCAAUGGGGUUUGCAAAAAAUGGUUACGUACUUGCUCAAACUGCAAUGACUGUAAACUACAGAAGAGAUGUUGAUAAUGCUAUAGAAACAUUUAAGAGGAUAAUAAAAGCAGAUCCUUAUUGUUUAGACAAUAUGGAUACAUAUUCUAAUAUCCUCUAUGUGAAAGAAAUGAAAGUUGAGCUGGCAUAUUUAGCUCACAGAGCAACAGAAAUUGAUAAAUACAGGUUAGAAACAUGUUGCAUAGUAGGAAAUUAUUAUAGUUUAAGAGGAGAUCAUCAAAAAGCAUCGAUGUAUUUCCAUAGAGCAUUAAAAUUAAAUCCACAAUAUCUUUCUGCUUGGACAUUACUUGGUCAUGAGUUUAUGGAAAUGAGAAAUACCAAUGGUGCUAUUCAUAGCUAUAGACAAGCUAUUGAAGUCAAUAAGCGGGAUUACAGAGCAUGGUACGGUUUGGGUCAGACAUAUGAAAUUUUAAAAAUGCCGUUCUAUGCACUGUAUUAUUAUAAACAGGCUCAAUUACUAAGGCCACAUGAUAGUAGAAUGGUACAGGCAUUAGGAGAAGCAUAUGAGAAACAAAAUAAAAUACAAGACGCGUUAAAAUGUUAUUAUAAAGCAUGCAAUGUUGGUGAUAUCGAAGGAAUGGCAUUGCUGAAAUUAGCCACGUUAUAUGAAAAAUUAGGUGAACAUGAUCAUGCAGCAGCAGCGUAUACGGAUUUUGUGAUGGAUGAAUUUAUAAAUGCGGAUAGAACUGACUUAAGCCAUGCAUACAAAUAUUUAACUCAGUAUCAUUUAAAACGAGAACAAUUGGACCAUGCUAAUCAUUAUGCUCAGAAAUGUUUGCAAUUUGACGAGACAAAAGAAGAAGCUAAAGCAUUGCUAAGAACGAUUGCACAAAAGAGGGGAAAAUUUGAACAUUCGAUGGUGGUGGAAGAUAUGAAUGAAACAGACCCGGUUAUCGAACAAGGGGAAAGAGUAGAUGCUACACCAGGAAGUCAGUUAUCGCCGAUGAAUUUGUCAUUUAUGCCUACGCCGUAAGAUACAGAGAAAGAUAUUUUUUAAUUCUCUAAGUUUACUUAAACUUUCAUAUGUUGUAUAUAUUUUUAAUAAAUAUUGUACGAUUAAAUCACCGACUUUUUUCAUAA